AUGGAGGAGGAAGACUUGUGCUCCUCCCGACCUCGCCAAGACCCGUCGGCAGAGCGUCAGUACCUCAACGGACAGGCAGGGGGCGUGGUGGCGGAGGAGCGAGGAGCCGGAGAGGGAGAGUCCGCGGAUUCGGACAAGGAGACAUGGGAGCAGAUAGUGUGGCCGGUGUGCACAGCCGCAGUGGACUGGGCCGGGACCAGGACCAGCGCCACGGCUUCUCCACUGGUCACGGAUGGAGUUUCGUCCAAUCAGCUGGAUUCGGAUCCUGUGACUCAGGCUCUCAAAGCUUCCUUCCCCAUUCGCUCAGAAAGUCUCAGCAGUGAUCUGUGCAAAGAAGCCGAGGAACAAGACGAGUUUGAUUCGUGGCUGCUUCUCUGCUCGGAGCCGGAAUGGAUGGGGCCCAAUUUAAAGCCAUGUGACUCGGAAAGCACAGAGGAGGAUCACCGGCAGUUCGACCACUUCGGCACAUCGCUGAGUUCUCGUGUUCCAGGGGAGAAACACAGACCCUCCGUGGAGCCAGACUUCUUCCAUAGCUGUGUAGAAAUCCAAUUUGCUGGUUUCAUAGAGGACGAUAUUGAGCAUUUGAGGCUGGUGGAAAGCCCAAACGACGCUGACGUUUUGCUGAGCGGACAGAACGGUUUGGAGGAAGUGCCAGCUUUAGUAAACAGUGACAAAAUCUCCGGAAGAGAGAAGGACACGGCGAAGAUUCUUCCUGAAGACGAGACCACAGCUGCCAGCCAGAGGAGUGCAGGUGUGCGGCGGGAGGAAGCAGACUUCAGCAUCGACCCGGACCAGCUGACAGAGCUGGAGCAGCUCCUGGAGGACCUAUCGCGCUUUGAGGAGACGAGGCAGUACCAUUCACAGCCGGUUUGUGAAGAGGAGGCUGCGGAGGCGGACCCUGACCCUGCCAUGUGUCGCCGAGCGGUGGGUGUGCAGCGUGAGGAAGAGGAGGAGCACGCCCAAGACCCGGAACCCUCGGAGAACUCUCUGGAUGUUUUCCACCUGCAGGAGGAUUGUACGGCUCCAUCGCAAAACGCCGCAUCUCUCCGGAUCCAGGACGAGCCACGGACAACAGAGAGAGUCCAAAGCAGCAGCGAGUGUCACCGGAGCCCAGAGGAAGUCCACCCCGGUGUCCAAGUCACGGAGACGACUGUUUACAAGGUGGAAGAGGAGGAGGAGGAGGAGGAGGAUGGGGGCGAGCAGUACAGAGGGAGUACUGUGGAGACCGCGCAGACCAACGGAGACUUGGACCGAGACCGGGCCCGGGUUUUGGCCCAGAGACUGUUCAAGUUGGACGACAUCCAGCGGAAAGAUGUGGUCAAAUACUUGGAUAAAGAUAACAGCUUCAGUCGUGCAGUGGGAGAAGAAUACCUGAAACACUUUGACUUCCGUGGACAGACUCUGGACGAGGCCCUGAGGUCUUUCUUGUCGGUGGUGGUGCUGAUCGGAGAGAGUCAAGAGAGAGAGCGAGUCCUGAACCACUUCUCCAACCGCUACCACUGCUGCAACCAGGGCUGCUUCCACUGCUCAGGCUGUGUUCUGGCUCUGACGUGUGCCGUGAUGCUUCUCAACACAGACUUGCACGGACAGCUCGUGGGAAAGUCCAUGUCCUCUUCCAAGUUUGUGUCCAACCUGGACGGGAUGAACGAAGGAGAAAACUUCAACAAGGACCUUCUCAAAAGUUUAUACAACUCUAUAAAGACGGAGCCGCUUCCAUGGGCAGUAGCGGAGGAGGAGAUGAGCUCUGUGCUGCUGGAGGAGGAGAGAGAAGACCCGGCUCCGCUCCGGUCCAAAGCAAACCCCUUCCUGGACGUCCCCAUCGACAAAAACGCCGUAGUUAUUAAAGAAGGGUUUCUCCAAAGGAAGAUCCACGCAGACGCAGACGGAAAACGCACUCCGUGGGGGAAAAGAGGAUGGAAAAUGUUUAAUGUGGUGCUCCGUGGGAUGGUGCUCUACUUCCACAAGGACGAGUACAGGCGCGAGGUGAGUGAGGAGCUGCUGAGUCUGCAUCACUCUCUCGCUAAAGAGGCCGAAGAAUACACCAAACGCCCUCACGUGUUCCGCCUGCAGACCGCAGACUGGAGGGUGUUCCUCUUCCAAGCCUCGUCCAGAGCAGAGAUGUCGUCCUGGAUGAACAGAGUGAACCUUCUGUCUGCUCUACACUCUGCUCCUCCGUUCCCGGCUGCAGUAGGAUCCCAGAGGAGGUUCUGUCGGCCCAUUCUCCCCGCGGCGCAGUCUGCCAACACUCUGGAGCGGCAGCUGCAGUCUCACUCGGGAAUGUUGCAGUCCUUCAGAGCGGAUCUGUCGCAGCUCCAAGAGAAUCCACCAGAGGGCAGAAGAGCCAAGACCAAGGAGCUGGAGGAGCAUCGGCUCAGAGCAGAGUACUUGCAAUAUGAGGUCUGUCGGUACGAGGCCUUCGUGCGGGUCUUGCAGGUCUGGAGCAGGACUCGGACUUCAGCCGACGGCACCUUCGUCCCCACGGACCUGAACCGCUUCGACAGAGACCUGUGUCCAGAGGCCGAAAACGAGGAAGAGGAGGAGGGCGGGAUGAAGAAGUCUCACUCCAGCCCGUCUCUGGAGAUGGACGCCGCCAACGCUCCUCCUCCGGUCAAAGUCAAGCGCAACAUCUCAGAGCGCAGGACGUAUCGGCGAGUCGUGGUGCCCAAGUGGAACAAAGAGGAUUAA